CUUUAUUCGCUCGAUAUUCUUGAAAGAAGUUUUCAAUGAAAAAAAUAGAUAUGAAAGUUGUUUUAUUAAUUGUUUCAUUUGUGAUUAUUGGUUGUUAUUCACUUCCGAUUGACGAAAUGCUGAACAUGAAUGAUAUAGAUGUGAAUAAUAUAGAUGUAAAUGAUAUUUUAACAAAUAUCCCUGACAACUUUGAAAUAAAUGAAGAAAUAUCUGGAAUUUUAAAACGAAUUGGUGAUAUUAUAUUCAAUGAGCCUGUAAAUAUUUUUGAUGGUCCUUUACACUGUCCAGAUGGAACAAAGCCUUCAGGGAGUGUAUGCAAGCCAAUCUAUUAGUUUAUAAAUAUGUAUGUUUAAAGAGUUAUAAAAAUAAAGACCUCUUGGAAAUAUUUUCUGAUAAAU